AUGAGCCUCGGCCUCGAAUUUGACUUCUUAGCCGUAGUCGGGCUUGUGAAACAAAUACGCAGGAGCUUCAUCGGCGCCCCGGAGCAGUUUAGAGCUAUUUCUGAUGACGUUCGAGGAUUUGCCAUUGUUUUGCAAGAUAUCGAGGCUGACUGUGCCGAGCUCAGCCCGGAGCAGUCACAAGAAUACCAGACCGUCGUGACUGGCUGCAAGCAUCUGCUUGUGCGGCUCAAAAGGACUUUGGAGGAAUACUCCGGUGUAGCGAAAGGUGGCAAAACUGGGACAAGGACGGCCAUCAAAAGAACCUGGAAACGGCUCAAAUGGGAACCCGACGAUAUUCGCGAUAUACGCAGCCAGAUAUCCGUCAAGAUAGCCACUUUAAGAAGUCUCAACGACCAGGUAACCAGCCACAACAUUGUAAGGCUUAUCCGUCACCAGGAGGAUACGGAACGUGAAGCUACGAUCAAAUGGGUCAGCGACAUCAACUACGUGGCGCAACAAAAUGAUAUCUUUCUACGAUGCCAGACAGGCUCUCGCAAAUGGUUGUUUGAGUCUGAAAUAUACUUGGAAUGGCUCAGGCGGAAAGGCAGCCUUCUCUUUUGCCCUGGGAAUCCUGGCACAGGAAAGACCUUUACCACGGCAAUGGUGGUUGAGAGCUUGCGGCUUGCGAAUGAUGCUGAGACUUUGACGGCUUACAUGUACUGCUCUUACCAAAACCACACCCAAACCGUGGAGAAGCUGCUUUGCAGUCUUUUACGAGUUGCACUCGAAGAGGCAGACUAUGAGGCUGAUGCAGCUGUUUCUACUUGCAAUCAAUUGCGGUUGUCUAACAAAACCAUGUCUCGACCGUACUGCAUAAACCUACUACAGGAUCUUUUUUCCAGGUUUGUGAGGGUCAACUUGAUAGUGGAUGCACUAGAUGAACUUACAAACGAGGUGCGACGACCGCUCAUACACGACCUUCUAAAACUUUACAAGAAUGGCAUUGUCAGCCUUUUGGUGACUUCACGUGGCAUCCCAGAGAUUCAACACCUCUUCGAGAGCUGUGAGGCCUAUACCUCUCUGGAAGUGAGGUCAAGCGACGAGGAUAUCCGGAACUUCUUGCGAGACAACAAUUUUCAGCUACCAAACUUUGUUACUCGAUCUCCAAAGCUCCAAGAUGAAGUGAUCGACUCGGUAACGAAUGCAAGUGCCGGCAUGUUUCUACUGGCCGAGCUAUAUUUGAGGUCUCUGGCCAACAUAAUAUCAGUCGGCAGUCUUCGUAAACGACUCUCCAGUUUGGCAAUUGGUUCAAACGCAUACGAUACUUUAUAUGAAGAUUCCAUGCUUCGAAUCAAGUUUCAGGGCCCCGAGUCAGAGCGUAUUGCUGUACAGAUGCUUCUGGUCUUGACGUGCGCCAGGCGCCCCCUUUCCCCCCAGGAGCUUAGCCACGCGCUAUCUAUAGAUGAGAGUAGUGAAGCUUUCGACAAAGACAUGGUUCCAGAUAUAGAUGACUUGGUCGCUGCGUGUACCGGCCUUGUCAUACUGGAUGACACAAGCAACAUAGUACAUCUGGUGCACAAAUCAGCCGCAGAAUAUUUCGAGCGCACAAGUACAAGAUCCCGUUGGUUUCCAAGGGCAAACGCGAAAAUGGCAUCCAUGUGCCUCCGGUACCUUCAGAUUGCUGAGACAGAGCCAGAAGAAACCAGGGAUGAAGAAGCUCCCUUCUUCCACUAUGCCAAGGCAAAUUGGAACUACCACUUCAUAGAGGCUGAGACCGAGGCUAAGGCCGAGGCUGCGGUUGGCAAUGCUUUGCAACGAAGCUCGGCCACUGACGGUAGUGCUUCGCCAAACAUAUUCUCAAUGUCUAGGCUCGCCACCCAGCAAAUGAUCAAAGAAGUCGUUGAUGUGCAUACCGCCAUCGUUGAUGCCUGCCAUGCUGGCCAUCGGGCAUGGGUCGAGCAAAUUUUGGUAUAUCACAAGUACGAUAUGAAUCAACGCGGUAUAAAUCAAAGUCUGUUUAUUUCUGAAGAUGGAUAUUUCAGAGACAAUUUCUUACCGAUCACCCCUUCCAGAGAUGGUGUAUUAUUGACCACUGCGGCCGCGAAAGGAGAUUGCAACAUGGCCCAAAUGUUGUUGGCACGAGGGGCAGAUCCAAACAUCUUCAAUACCAAUGGACAAACACCAUUGAUCAUCGCUGUGAUGAAUGACUUUGACAAGUUUGUAUCGCUACUUCUGGAUCAAAAGUCGAUUAAGCCGGACUUGAUGUGUCACCAUUCAGGCGGGCUCUCUACUGCAUUCUUGGUUUCGAUUGAACUCGGUCGAGAGCGAUGCUUCAGGCUGCUGUUUGAUAUAUCUAACCACGGAAUGAAGGAUAGCUUCAAAAGAGGUGCCAUGUGGCUGGCUGCCAGUUCUGGUAAUAUCGGCAUCAUCUCCCAGCUUCUCGAAUGGCACGAUGUAGAGAUUGACUACGAUGACACGGAUUUCUGUGGCAAUCCGCUUACUGCAGCGGCAAGAGGCGAACACGAAGAAGCUGCCCUACUCCUAUUGCCACACUCAAAAUGUGAGAGCUGUAGCCAUUGUGGGAUUACACCGAUGAUCUAUGCAGUUCGUAACGGAUUGCAUAAUCUAUUGGAGCGGCUACUGGAAAAAGAUGCAUCGGCAGCAGUCAGCGGAUCAUAUACUCAGCCUCGCACAAACAAGGGACGGCGCCCGGGUUUUCUGAUCGACUGUGAGCGGGACUUCGCGGAGCAUACGAACGUACCACUCCUGACCGCUAUUUAUCUGCAGGAUAUGAAAGCAACUCAACUCCUGCUGCCGUAUGCUCACGAUAAACAUCUUUAUUCGCAACUUGUCGAUGAAAUAUCCAAAUGGGACAACACUGAACUUGUUCAGCUACUUUUCAAACAAGAAAAUGUAAAACCAGGUCCUGUCGAUGGAUCUGGCAAAACGCCACUUGGCCUGGCCGCCAAACAUGGAUAUUGUGACAUCAUGGACAUGCUCAUUAAACCAGGGGACUUUGAAUUUGACACAAGGGUUGAAAGUGGUAACGGUACGGAGGACCACAACAUUGCCAAUUCCAAUUACACAUACUGUUUUCACCUUUUGGCAUCUGUUGCUGAUAGAGACGUCAAUGAAAAGGACCUGACAGGCUCCAGCCUUCUCCACCAGGCUUGCCGUCUGCGUCCAGAAAUUAUCAACGAAUCCGGAUCUGAGUUCGUGGUAGACUUCUUGGAGACUAACACUGGUCGUCUCGUCACUGUGCUAUUAACGAGAUCUGGGGUCAACGUGAACUUGCUGGACGGGGAGAGGAAGACGCCCCUCCUCAUCGCUGUGAAGAAUCACCAGCGAGAUGUCGUACGCUUGCUCUUGGAACGGGAAGAUAUAGAUGUGCUGGCCCAAGAUGAAGAAGGCAACGAUGCCCUAUUGCUGGCCUCAGUUUAUGAACCAAUGUUUGAACAGCUGUUUCCUUGGCGUGCUUCUUCCAUGAACCGCAACUUGCCUCCUUUGAGAGGUCAGGUACCAACUCGAUAUAGGGUGGAUCACUGGCCAGAGGUAUUGAAUGCAGAGUUUAAGGAGUACGACGAGUCCAUUUUCAGCAUGUUGAUUCACGAUAAACGUACACAACCAUAUCGCAGAAACUCCAAGGGGGAAAGCUUUAUGACCCGCUUGGUCAUGACGGGCACCAAGAGCAUGAUUCAAGCGCUCGCUGAAACCACCGAGCUGGCGUCGGAACUAGAAAUCAUCUAUCCCGACGGAAGAUUCCUUUCCCUCGCUCUGCAGAAGAACCAGGACGAUGGUGCCGUGGACCUUCUGAUUGCACAUUGCUCUGCUGCUGUUCUCCAGAAGGCCGAUGCCCUGGGCCGGACUCCCCUAUCGCACGCAGUGCAGAGAGCCACCAGUCAGGCAACUCGAUCGCUCCUAGCAGCUGGCGUGGAUAUCAACGCUGCGGACAGCUUUCGGUUGACGCCUCUGUUUUAUGCUACUGAGAAGAGAUAUUUAGAUGCAGCUUGUUUACUCAUCGCCGUCGAUAAGACAGAGGUCAAUCUUUCAGAUCGCGGUGGCCUAACUCCACUGAUGCAUGCGAUCCUUGACAUGAAUCUUCCUCUCUUGUCCGCCCUUCUUGAUAGGUCGGAUAUCGAUGUGCUAAGGACCGACAAGGAAGGGCACUCAUUCUUGUGCUAUCUCUUGGAGUCACGCUAUUUCAGAGAUAUGUAUAAAGGGGGUCCAGAAGAAGACUUGGAACGUGUGAUCAACCGUAUCCACCAUCUUCUCCAGCUUCGCGCUCGCGAGACCAAAGCUUUUAUCCAUAACCCAUUUGUCUGUGCAUUAGAAAGCGGUCAAACUUUCCACGGUAUUCACGGUUUACAACACUCUGCUAGUCUAUCGGAAAUCUUCCAUCCUGGGUUGGACUUUUCGCGAUGCGCCACUACAGCUGGGCUGUCGGAAAUACUGGGUGUACAUAACCAUGGCGUCUAUUCUGACGAUCGAGAUCUUGGGUUAAGGGUGUUGCGGCUUUUCGGUAAUAAAGGUAUUUAG